CAUACCUCAUAGAAACUAUUAGUAAUAAACUUUAUGAAACUGAUAAGGUUGUCGUUGGAACCACUGCAGCAUGCAGGGGUAUUUUAAUCAUUCAGAAAAGGGUGAAAAUUCCACUGGCUUUUCCCCAUUGUUUGUGGUUAAAUUGUGUAUGGGUUUUUUGACAUCAUUUUCCCAGAGCAGAGAGAUUACAUAAUAGGGCUGGCAGCUGGCAGCCUGUAAACAUUUCCUCAGCACUGUCAGGAAACAGGUUACAUUUCUUAGAAAUCAAGUGGAGAUUGUAACCGCCCAGAAAAAAUUAGUGGAUAAAUGACUUCCCUGGGAAAUCAACGCUAAACUUGUCCCUGAAGCAUCACCGUGCAUAGAAGAGUUUUAACGUCUUGUUCUGACAGUAUUUUCAGUAUCCAGCUCAUCUGGGUCAUGAAGAAGAUAAAGAGUUCCUGUGGAGCCUUCAUGGGAAGAGGCCACAAGCAGCAGAAAGGGGCUGAGGAGAAUGCAAAGAUGCUUCCCAAGGCCAAGGAGAGAGAAAAGCAGGAAAAAAACUGGGCAGGAAAACUGAAAAGCUUGGUAGAGGUUGUUCCCAGCAGGAAAAAGGCAGCUGCAAAGAAGGAUAAAAGCAAAAAUGAGGCGGGAAAUUUGCUGGUGAUGGAAACAAAUAGGAAAAAAGAGGACGGAGAAAGGCCUGCAGAGGAAAUCAUCUGUGGAUUCAUUGAGCAAGGAAAGUUUUCUCAAGCUUGCCAUUAUAUUUCUCGUCUGGAGCAGCCUGGAAGUGAUGGUGUGGGAGACUCUGAGUCACUUUACACUCUUCUGGCUGAACGAAUGUGGUCUGCUGUGAGAAAAGCACUCGAUGGGAGUGAUGGGAUGCUCCUGCAGCCAUUGCAGUCAGUGGGUGAAUCACUGAACUGGCAGAAGCAGAAGAAAGAGGAGUGGCUUAGCAGUGAGCAAGGGAUGGAACCUGCUUCCACCUGGCAUCCAAACUUCUGGGAGAAAGAUCUGGAGAAAGAACUAACACAGUACUGUACAGCCCAGAUUCCCCACUUUAUUCCCACUGGUGACACAGAUGAUACUGCACUAAAACAGCAUCUGAAUCAGCUGGAAACAACAUUCCUCCUCAGCCUGAAGCACAGAAGUGGUGCCUUCAAGGAGGCAGGACUGCUCAUCCCCUACAGCCGGUGCUGCCAUGCCUCUUUGUUCUCUCACCUUUCCACCCUCACUGACAGUGAGCACUGUACCUACAGCCAAGGGCUCUUAGUUUAUGAAUGGUGCCUAAAAGCAUAUAAAAGGUAUGUCUAGAGAACAUCCUGUGGACUACUGUUGUCUGCUUCUCCCACUCACUGCUUAUCUGGCUUCCAAAUUGACAAAUUAUUUCCAUAUUUCCUUCAUUAGCUUUUGGGCCAUGGGAAAAAAUAUAGCAGAUCAUUGAAUUCCUACCCAAGUUUGGGAGAACAGGUGUGGCUUGCCCCAUGAUCUGAAGAGCAGCAUACCAGGACCCAGUGUGAAUUCAAAGCCUUGCCCUGAGAAUGCUUUGUAGCUGUCAUUGAAGCCUGAACAUACUUUGCUUUCUUGCGAUUUGUGUAUGGUGAUGGUAGAUGAGAUGUUUGAUUCUCUGUAAUCAUGUUUAACUUUGCUACUAAAUAGCAUUAGUCUAAAAUCAUAAUCACAGAAUGGAUUGGGUUGGAAGGGUCCUUAAAGCCCCCUCAGUUCCAAAUACCUGC